AUGACUACAGUUGCAUCGCGUCAAGCUAACUCUCUUGCAAAGCCUAUGCAAGAUUCCUUGCUAUCGUUCAUUGAUGACAGCCCCUCUACUCUCGACCCCGUGCUUGCGAGUCCUUUGUCCAACACAGUGAGAAGCGACAGGAUCGACUCUGCUCAAAACGCCACCACCAGUACUUCCCAACCAACAGCCACAGCUCCCACUCAGCAUAACCAAAACAAUGAAGGCAAUCAGAUUCCCACACCCGCACGAUGGAACGAAACCGUUCUUUCAGAGCAAAACUCUUCCGAAAGACAAACGGCCAUGCUCCGCUUCCGAUAUCAGAUAGCACCCUGGCUAGAUUCCAACGCCCCGAGGUCUACGUUCGGACCCAAGAUUAUGACCUUGGCAGCUGAAAAGUCCGUUAUUAUGGACGUCAUUGUGUGGGUUGCGAUGCGGCGAAGCAGAGGCACGACUGCCCCGGAAGGGGACUUUCACCUUGUCCAACAUCUCCAGCAUCGGUUAUCUCUAGAAAGUGCUUUCACAGCUGAUGUAGGGAGAUCGUUACUAGCGUUGGGUAAUUUCUUCUACACGUCUCCAUCUGAAUGGGCAAAUCUGCACCCUGAUCGCACAUUCGGAGAAGACCGAUAUCAAUUCUUUGCGAACCAGGAAGAGCCUCUCAAGACUCUGGAUCGGUUCCAUUAUAAAGCUGAAUUGGCUGCUUCUAUCAUAGCUUCGAGAUCGCCUUCAUCCCGGUCGUCGGUAUCUCUCAUAGACGAGGCUCUACUAACCCCCAACAUGUCACCAUUUGAGAUAUACGAUACAUGUUUGGUACAUCUGACAGCAUGUUGCCAGCUGCUGCACAACAAGGUCAUUCCACUUCUCAACGGCAUCACCACCAUACAAUCGCCAACACAGGAACCCAGCUCUCUGGUAUGGGCGACCUGGUCCAACCUAUGGGCAAGAUGUGUGCAAUGGUUCCGAGAUCGUCCACCAGAUAUGGUCCCUCUCCUCGAAAGCCCUGAAGUCGAUGCGCACACAGCUACCGCCAGCUCUCCAUUCACAGCCGAUGUGUACUCCAGCGCGAUAGCAGUGCAAGCAAAUCUCACUAUGCAUUAUUCCUCGUUACUUUUACUCUCGUACAAACCCCGACUCGUCAAGCUCUCGUCCACCCCGCAUCGCCUCACAUCCAAGAGCUGGCACGCUCAAAAGCUUGCAAAAUUGGCCCUGUGGAACAACUUCCCUGAUCAAUGGGAUCCUGUCGUGGUGGCAACCGUGGUUCGAAUCGCGAGAGAUAUGACAUAUCCUUCUCAGCAGGAAGCUCUACUGUCUUGCUUCCAACGUAUUGGCGACGCGACUAAAAUUCCCCUCCAAAGGGAAAUUGCGGAUCUGCAGCAGUUCUGGUCCUCCUCGCGCCAUUCCAACGCGCCUACCAACCUCCAUUCCUGA